UUUUGUUGCAACAGGAAAGUACAAUGGCUGAAAAUUUAGACAAAAGAAAUGAGGAAUAUGAAACAGAUAUUGAUACAAAAGAUCAUUUGGAUUUAUACGACGCAACGGGAAGAUCUGCAUACUUUGAAGCCUGUAAACGGUACAGUGUCAUUCCAAUUACUCAUUUUUUAAACAAAAUGACAGAAGAAGAAAUGAACUUACAAUAUUAUGGUGCUGGUGCCAAAGGCGCAAAAGCCAUUUCUGCUGCAUUAUUGAGCAAUACAGUGACUUUGGAAUUGAACUUAAAAGAAAAUCACAUUGGACUAGAAGGAUCUAAAUCCAUAUCAGCAAUGUUGAAAGAAAAUUGCUACAUAUUGGAUAUUAAUUUAUCAGCAAACUUUAUGGGACCAGAAGGUUGUCGUUAUGUAAGUGAGAUGUUACAUCAAAACAUAAGUCUUAAAAGACUUAAUAUUUCAAAGAACAACUUUGGUGACUCAGUUGGUCAGUAUUUAUGCGAUGCGUUUAAGAAUAAUUUUAAACUAACUUGGUUGGAUUUGAGCAGCAACGGUUUAAGCGAUAAAGUGGCUGCUGCAAUUAGUCCUGGAAUUGACGGAAAUGACGCAUUGGAAUAUCUGAAUCUUAGUUGGAAUCAAUUUAGAGGAAAAGCAAUGCAAAACAUAGCAAUGGGUUUAAGGGCCAACUGUGCUCUAAAAGUUUUGGAUAUUUCUUGGAAUGGAUUUUCAAACGAAGGUGCUAUUGGUCUAGCUGAAGCAUUGAAAGUAAACAACACACUUAUUGAACUCGAUAUUAGCAAUAACAGGAUAAGUAUGAAUGGAUGCAUUGCAAUUGCAAAAAGUCUUGAUUUAAACAACACUUUAGAAGUUCUUAAAAUGAAUUUCAAUCCUAUUACGCCAAAUGGAGCAAACACAUUAUUGAAUUCUAUUUCCAACAAAUCAGAUAGCGCAAUAAAAGAACUUCAUCUGAAGGGAGUAUUGGUUCAGCAUGAAUUCAUCGAAAAAUACGAAGUCUUGAAAAAAACUAAAAACAUAACAGUGCAAGCCAACUUUCACGUACUACCGCAAAUAGAAAUAAUUCGUAAUUAUACCGAUAAAAAUAAAGAAUUGUGGAUAAGGUCGUUUUCAGAAUUUGAUCCCACUUUUAGUAACACGGUAACAAUCGCACAGUUUGAUCAAGUACUUCAGAAAAUUGGCUUCAACUUUUCUGUGGAGGAAAGAAUGCCACUUCUUGCAAAACUCAAGAAAAAUUCUCAAGGAAAAAUUAACUACAUGAAACCAAAACUUGGAUUUUCAAAAGCAUACUCUAACUCUGUAGAAAAAUAAAUUUUAUAUAUAAUAAAGACAAGUGUGAUGAUUUCGUUUUUACAA